AUGGCUGCAUGCUAUUCUACCGAGACUACUGAUCCAAGACCACUUGGGGAAGAAGAACCCCUCCCCGAAGCCCUUCGUGACAUACCACAUCCGAUGAGGGUGCUAUGUUUUUUUGCGGUUGGACGCCCCGAUUUUAAAGACCAUUGGAAGUCAAUGCAAUCAGAUCAAGCUUUCGAAACCGUUAGGACUAGGUUGUGCUCUAUCCUGGCCAACACUAUCACAGCAGCAGCCGUCCUCAUCGCUACAAGUGGUGUAUUCGUCACCACAGGCUCUCCUGUAACAUAUUUUGACUACUCAUCACCUGCCCCCUAUUUUCUACUCUUCGUAUCCCUCAUGUUGGCCAUGAUCGCAAUGUUGACAUCUGGCCUGAGCAUGCUACGCUGGCUCCAUAUCGAUCGACAGUGGACUCGAGAACAACUCAAGCCAGGUGGCUACUUCGCCAUCUCCUACCUAUUAUCGAUAGUCAGCCCCAUGUUCUUCCUUACCUUGUCCCUGAAUUGUUUCGUCUUUGCGGUAUUGAUAGCAGGAUUUUGCUCCCAAAGCAUCAUCUUUUGUACCGUCUCUGCACUCUGGCUGGUCAUGUACAUCGCCAACAUCGGGAUGGUAUCUAUGGAAUUUAUGAUAGAUCAACGGCUUAGGCUGUCAGUGGUACUUGUGCGCGGGUAUUGGAAAGCGCCAUUGUCGUGCUGCGGAGUGAACGGGCUGCCAAAGAUUUCGAGUGCGCAACCGCGCACUUGA